AUGGAGCGCAGAGCUGUGACACGUCGGUCGUCCCUCGAGCAAAUUCUUCAAUUGGCCGUGCUGACGCUGAGCAGGAGCACCAAGUCGGUCAACCAGAGCAUCUUCGACUAUGUCCGCGAGCAUGGCAGGACUUACCAUCGCUACAAGCCAGGCUUAUACCCAUUCCCCAACGAUCAGCUCGAGAAUGAUCGCAUGGACACGCAGCACGAGAUAUGGAAGGUGAUUUUCAAGUUCAGGAACUACUUUGCACCGCUCCAGGAUCCACGGAGAAUUCUCGAUAUCGGCUGUGGCACAGGUAAAUGGGCUAUCGAGAUGGGCAACGAGUUCCCGCAGGCGUUGGUAAUCGGCACCGACCUGUCGCCCAUACAGCCAGAGUGGGUCCCCAACAAUGUUAAGUUCAUCAUCGACGAUGCCAACGAGGAGGAUUGGAUGGUGGAGCCCCAGGACUACAUCCACACUCGCCUUCUCCUCGGUUGCUUCGAGGACUUUCGAGUAAUCGUUGCCAAGGGCUUUCGCUCGCUGAAGCCUGGCGGAUGGAUGGAGUCACAGGACAUCAUGCCGACUGUCUACUGUGAUGAUGGAACCAUGCCGCAAAACUAUCCGUUUUCCCUAUGGGUCAAGACUCAGGACGAUGCCGCCAUGAAACUAGGCAAGCCUAUGCGCAUUGGUAACAAAUUGAAGCGCUGGUAUGAACAAGCAGGCUUUGUUGAUGUACAUGAAGAAGUCUUCAAACUGCCCAUCAACGGUUGGCCCAAAGACCCACAGUUUAAAAUGCUUGGAAAGUUCAACGAGGAGAAUUACAUCGAAGGCAUCCAGGCAUGGAGCUUGUUCAUGUUCACGAGAGCACUGGGUUGGACCAAAGAUGAGAUUGAGGUCUACCUAGUCAACGUUCGAAAAUCCAUCUCGAAUCGUGCUGUCCAUGGCUACCACAAGAUGUAA